AUGAUUUGGUUGAUUGCUCUUCUGUGUACUUUCCUGGAAAUAGAUGAUAACCAUUAUGCCAUACUUAUUUUGCAGCAGGAGAGUCAGGGUGCAUCAAACAAGAUGGCUUCAAAUUCCUCUCCAUCACACUUAUGUGUUCUUUGUGGGGAGAAACUGGAAACAAAAGCCCUACUGCAAGAACACUUUCGGAAGCAUGCCAACAAUCAGAUUGGCAGCAAAGGUAAGUCGGAGCAGAAGGGAAACAGAAAAAGAAAAAUAGAAUGCAUCACUUCAAGCAAGGAAAUCAAGUGUGAUGCCUGUGAUGCCACAUUUGAGGAUCUUUCUCUUGCCCUCACACACAAGUUCAGAAAGCAUAGGGACAGCAAUGAACGGUAUUACUGUCCGAUGUGCGGCAAGAACUUUCCGCUGAAGACUUGUCGGGAAGCACACAUGAAGACUCAUGCAUUUGAAAAGCCUGAAGGCAUAUUCAGUUGUGGAGGCUGUGCUGAGGAGUUCUUCUCUACUGGAGCCCUUGACUAUCAUGUUAAAACUGUUCACCGCUGGGACCACCGUCUCAUUCCACAAGUCAUUCCUCCUCCUCCAAGCAAAAAAGUGAAGGUUGAUAAUGCUGGUGACUUGCAUAUGGUGUACUACUGUCACCUUUGUGGCUGUGAGUACAUGAUCAAGUAUAAUCUCCAGAAGCAUCUAAGGAAUUCCCACUCUUCAGAAGAAAGAGAUGUUCAACCGUCAACCAUCAUCAAGUGUCGUGUCUGUGAUGCCAUAUUCUACUCCAAAAAAGCCUACAAGACUCACACAGUUCAUCACUCUCCACUUGACAUGUACAUCAGUGAUGGAGCAACGCGCUUCCUUCAGAUGCGAGUUGAUGCCGACUUUGAUCCGAAAAGGGUGGUUCCAGGGCAGGGCCGUAACUGGCUUCAUUUCUUGGCUAAUCAAAAUGCAACCUGAUAAUUUUUCUAAAAGGAAAAGUGAUUUUCAUGAAAAACAUUCCAUGUUGUGUUCUCAGAACAAUUUUCCACUUUGGAUCUUUUUUCUUUUGUAAAGGGCAUUGAAUGGGCAUUAAAUUAUUUGUCUCCAAAGGUCCAAGUUUUGAAUUCAGUAUUAUUUUUUUUGUGGUGAGUUUCAUGAUUGCUCAGAGGGUCCCAAAGCAUUGCCUUCUUCUGCUGUCAUUACCUUUUUUGGCACCUUGUCAAUGAAG